AUGGACUCUACCAGCAUAUGUGAUGGAAUCUGUUUGGCAAGUUUCAUGCAUUGGUACCGGGUAUUAAACAAGGAAGAACAUUCAUCGAAAAUUUCCGAUAGCGGACGUACGGUUUCGUCCAAAGUUAGAUCCCAGGCGUUUUUUGGCAGGAUAAAUUUUGUGUAUCGUGUGUUCAGUUGUGCCAAGCUUCUUCAGCAACAGACUGACUCGCCGUGCAUCGUAUUUACGCUUCAGUUCAAUUUUGAACAUGUCCUCAUAUCAUUCGAACCAAAAUUCAAAAUCAGCCAG